UUAACCACGGGCAAUGAUCCACGCACAGUGAUAGCUUUGUUAGCACAAGAGUCGCGCGCUAGGGUUUUGUGUGACGAUGAUCGCGACGGCGCUGGGGUCGUGAGGAGGAUCGCGGCGCGGCUGGAGCGCAGAUCUGCCCGGCUCCAUGCGAAAUUCGAUCCAUCGUCACUCCCUCGGAUUUCUUCGGCGGCCGGAAGAUCUGCGAGGAGCGGUGAUCAGAGAGAGGAAUCUGUGAGGGAUUUCCAUCAGCUAUGAACGGGGAGCUUGCGAACGAUCGUGGUAUGCACUACUACCACGACGAUUCUUACAGGAAUUCCUCGGCGUCUCACUCGGCGCCCUCGUACUCGAGCGGCUACAACAAUCCGGAGGCUGGGUACCAGAUCAAGGAGCACAAGAAGAGCUCCAGCAGCCGAUCGUGGGAUUUCCGCAACGAUCCGGAGAUGAAGAGGAAGAAGAGGGUCGCGUCUUACAAGGUUUUCACGGUGGAAGGCAAGGUGAAAUCGUCUGUGAGGAAUAGCUUCCGGUGGAUCAAGAACAAGUACUUGGAGAUGCGCUAUGGAUGGUUCUAAGGAAAGAAAAAAGAUGAUUUUGCUGUGGAAUUCUAAGGCAAAGGUCAAAAGUGUGAUCUCUGGAAUAUCAAAGAAUAUUAAAUUCUAACAUCGUUAACGGAAUAAACUUUUUAAGAUGCUGUA